GAGACGGUCUCCCUGAAACCCGGCCGGGUUAUUUUUGAGACCGAAAGGAGAGAGAUGGCGGAAGGAGGAGCCGGGAAGAUUGGGGAGGCCCCGGCGACCGUGGAGGCGACGAUGACUAUAAAGAAGGCACCGAGGGCAGAGGUGGAGGAGCUUCCGAAGGCGAUUGUGCGCCGCGUGGUGAAGGAUAAACUCUCCCAGUUGGCUUCCGGAGGAGAGGAAGAGGAUGUGUCGGUACAAAAGGAUGCGCUGCUUGCCUUCUCGGAGAGCACUCGCAUCUUCAUCCACUAUGUCUCUGCCACGGCAAACGAUAUCUGCAAGGAAUCAAAGAGACAGACAAUUAAUGCUGAUGAUGUUCUCAAGGCACUCGAGGAAAUUGACUUUCCUGAAUUCGUUGAGCCUCUAAAAGUUGCUUUGGAGGAUUUCAGAACAAAGAAUGCAGUAAAGAAGUCUGGAUCAAAGGGAAGACAAACUAAGAAGCGGAAAGUAGAUGAGUUGUCCACCCAGAAUGGGGAGGAUGGAGGAGAUGGUUCAGACGAGUAAGCAGGGAAGACAAAGCGCCAAUGGUAAUGACCGACCGUCUUUAUCUAAUUUUUCAGUGAUUUCUUCUAUGAUGUUCUAAGGAAUUAUGUAGAAGGAUCAUGUUAGCUAUCCCUAAAAUAUCAAAGGGUGGAGGAGAUAUUUCAACAGGGAUGUGCCAGAUUACAAUUUCUUUGAAGUUUAAUGCCUUUAUCAUUUGGAAUUGAUUUUA